ACAGUUGAAGUAACACACAAACCACUGUCGACAGCCCUAUUCUCCUCGCCGGGCGGGUUGUUGUCUAGAAUGUUUUGCAGAUCAUAGGAAAACUGGUAAAGUCGAGAGUGCUCUGAAUCUGUUCAGUGGGUCGUGGAUAUUUUUUUCCUCUAAGUUUCUGUGAGUGGUUGAGGUUUUGAAACCUGAUCUGUGUCAUACGGUAUACCCACGACGCAAGUGAAGCUCGAAGGUGUGUCGGAGGUCUGGAGCAAGUAAAGUUCUCUAUUAUCAGGAACUCUGUGCCAUCGGUUCCUCGCUUCUUGUAGGGUCUGCGAGCAAGACGGAUAAGCACCGGAACACAGAAUGGACCCCAAGAUCAACACAAAGCCGGCAUAUCGGCCGUCGACUGAGCGAACACCGCUGCUGCGCACUGAAGGUGGAGACGGUCACGCCAUCAAUUCAGACAUUCAGAAACCGCAGACGUUCCCGUCAGUACUGGCCACGUUCAUUGCGGCACUGGGAGCGCUUAGUUUUGGAUACGCACUGGGCUUCUCAUCUCCAGCCACACUUGCUCUGACUGUUGCCAAUGGCAGUGACCCAGUCACGAGCGGGCCGAACAUGAAGCUCAACAAGGCUACACUUGCCUGGUUCGGAUCAUUCAUUAAUAUCGGCGCCAUGGUUGGUGGCCUCCUAGCUGGCUUCCUGUGCGAUUACGUCGGCCGCAAACUUGGCUUGAUGAUCUGUGCCCUACCGUUCUGCGGUGGCUGGGCAUUGCUUGCCUAUGCCGAGUCGGUAGCCCUGCUCUUCGCUGGGAGAAUAUCAGUUGGCCUCGGCGUCGGAAUGGUGUCUCUCAUGGUUCCCGUGUACAUUGCUGAGGUGGUGUCCUCGGAUAUGCGAGGCACACUGGGUGCAGUCAACCAGCUGUCUAUUACCAUUGGCGUUCUUGUUGCAUACGCCCUGGGCACAAUAUUGCCCUACAAGUGGAUGGCCAUUGUGGGCAUUGGUCUAUCCGCGAUGCACGCCUUUGGUAUGCUAUUCCUGCCCGAGACGCCGCGCUGGUACCUUGGCCGGGACAUGCGUCGCGAGGCAAAGGAUUCACUGCUGUGGCUGCGAGGUGCCAAUGCUCCCAUUGACGAUGAAUGCUGCAGCAUUGAGCAGGCACUGGAGUCGCAGGAGACGAUGUCGUUCAAGGAGUUCUUGAAGCCAGGCCUGCUGCGCCCGCUCAUGAUCUCUCUGAUCAUGAUGGUUUUGCAGCAGUGGAGCGGUGUUAACGCAGUCAUCUUCUAUGCCGGUACCAUUCUUGAAACGGCUGGUUUCAGCAACGCCAAUCUGGCCAGCAUCUCCAUUGCCGGUGUGCAGGUUGUGUUUACACUGAUCGCUACUUUGUUGAUGGACCGGAUGGGACGUCGUGUUCUGCUGAUCAUUGCCGGCAGCGGCAUGCUUGUUGGCUGCGUUGCCAUGGGUGUCUAUUACGAGAUCACGUCGGACCAUGACGGCAACCCAAAAGGGAAUCUCCGCAACACGUUUAGCCCCUUGGCUAUUACUGCCAUGCUGGUGUACAUUGCCAAAUUCUCCCUGGGAGUCGGUGCUAUUCCAUGGCUGAUCAUGUCUGAAAUUUUCCCCAACCGUGCACGCUCCGCCGCUUCAGGUAUUGCUACCUUCACCAACUGGCUGAACAGCUUCAUUGUCACGCUUACCUUUCAUCACAUGCAAGUUGCCUUCGGCUUGGAUGUCGUCUUCUGGAUUUACGGAGGUGUAUGCGGCAUUCUGGUCGUGUUUGUUCUUUUCCUUGUACCGGAGACGAAGGGUCGCUCCUUGGAAGAAAUCGAAGAGCUCUUCGAAAAGCCGUCCAUCAAUUGAAGUCCAGCAGCAGCUAGCAUUCUUCAGUUUUCACCAGAGAUUACUAAUGGUGCAUGUAGUGCUCCCUGGCCUCCAUUCUUAGUCUGUGUGUGUGACCCUAUGAGAGUAGGUUAGACAGUUUGUUGACUUGACUCUGUCUGACGUUACUCGUCUACAACACCAAAAAUGUAUUUACAGUCAUUUUUCAAAUGAUUUUUAAAAAUGAUUACAAUCUCCUUGACAUAACCGAUAUGCUUAUUGUGUGAUUGCUGCUGACAAUGCUAUGCAAUUUGUACAUUAUUCCAGCCGCCACAUUUCGAGAGUGAACGACACAGGUUACGAUGCUCAUUACAAUAUUUAAAGUAAUUUAGCAACAUAUCAAGGUUUUUUAUCGAUGGGCUCAUCACAAUCAUGGCUGUGCCCUCUGAUCAUAUCAUUUGACGAUGCUUUGACUAGUUUUUAGUGCCCGUUUUACUCUUAUUUUCUGCUUACUUCUUCGCUGCACAUCAAGUUACAGUGCGUAGUUCUCUCAUGUGAUUCUAGCACUUCUGCUGGCUUGAAUGAAUGGUAUACUAGUAAUAAUUAUCUUGCUUGCGUGUGCUGCUCUGUUCAGUAUGCGGCUUGUGGAGGUUUUUUCCUAA